AUGUCGAGUGAAGACUGCGUAGAAACGCACUCUGACUUCGACUAUCAUGACUGCGACACCGUCACCUUCAGCUCAUCCGAUAACGUUCUCUUCAAUUUGCAUCGCACAAACUUGAGGAUUACCGCAGGAAUUUUCCCAGGACCCGAAUUCGACGACAGUGGAGAGGUCAUCCCUCUACAGGAAUCGGGAGACGUCUUGUCCGCCGUGUUUCAAUUCGUAUACCCCGAACGACACCCGAAAUUACAGAUGUCUUUUGAGUUCGACUUCAUCGCCGAAGUGGCCGAGGCUGCUGAGAAAUAUCAAAUAUUUACUGCUAUAGAUGCUUGUGAGGCACGUUUCGAGUGA